AAUAGCUCAUUUUUAUCUAGAAAAGGGCAGACAGAGUAUUUUUAGUUUUACUGAAUUUCAGGAUUUCAUAUACGUAUGGUAUUUGCAAUUUUUAUGCUUUGUACAAAGUCCUAAAAUAAAUUAGUAGCUUCACUUGAAUUUCUUCGGUUUUCCUCAGUUUUGAUUUUCUUUUCUCAUGUUUAUGUUUGUUUUCGAGUUUUAUGUCGACUCGACUAUGACGUGUGGAAAACACACACCGUCAUACUCAUAUCAUCACUAAAACCGUUUUUAUGGAGCCGCAGUUUCAUCCUUUCAGUGAAGUAACUUCAAUAUCAGUUACCAUAAUCACGAGGGAGAGUGAUUCAGUGGCGUACAACCAGUGCCAUAACAAUCAGCCCCACCUAAUUGGGGCUAAACCCCACACACCAACAAUGGUUACUCUUGUGUAAAAAAAAAAAAAAAAAAAACACUCCAGUGUGUCCCUGUCCUAGAGAACUUUUGUUGACAACUGAUUCUCCUUUUUGACAACUCCAGACUUUGGUUAAUUAUAAUUAGCAGCCGUUGAUGUUUGAUCUAAGUUGCCGUCUUUGAUCCUUCCAACUUUCAAGCCCAAUCUACGGGCAGCAGUGUGCAUCCUCCUCCAUGCCAUAGCCAGAAGUCAUAUAAACCUUCAAGUCACCCACGACAACACCAGAUUAAGCAAUUACCAGCUAAACGAAAUCCCAACAAUUAACUCAGCUCCAUAGUCCAGCCAAGCCUCCAACAAUGGGGCAGCAGCAGCAGCAGAAAGGAGAAGAAGAAGCAGAAGGCCGCAGCCUCCUCCCGACCUCCACCGCCGGCGCCGGCGCCACGUCGUCUUCCCCGGCGACGGCGGGGAGGCGGCGGCUCCGGACGGCGGCGCUGGUGGGGGCGUGGUACGCGUCCAACAUCGGGGUGCUGCUGCUCAACAAGUACCUCCUCUCCGUCUACGGCUUCCGCUUCCCGGUCUUCCUCACCGCCUGCCACAUGUCCGCCUGCGCCGUCUUCUCCUACGUCUUCUCCAUCUCCUCGUCUUCGUCUCGGACUCCGGCGGCGAUGGUGUCGCGGGGGCAGGCGGCGAGGGUGGCGCUGCUGGGCGCCGUGUUCUGCGGCUCCGUGGUGGCCGGCAACGUCUCGCUCAGGCACAUCCCGGUCUCCUUCAACCAGGCCGUCGGCGCCACCACGCCCUUCUUCACGGCCGUCGUCGCCUACGCUGUCGCCAAGCGCCGCGAGGCCAAGGCCACCUACGCCGCUCUCGUGCCCGUCGUCGCCGGCGUCGUCAUCGCCACCGGGGGUGAGCCGAGCUUCCAUCUGUUCGGCUUCGUCAUGUGCGUUGGCGCCACGGCGGGGAGGGCGCUCAAGACCGUGCUGCAGGGGAUCCUCCUCUCCUCAGAAGAGGAGAAGCUCAACUCCAUGGACCUGCUCCGGUACAUGGCGCCGGUGGCCGUCGUUCUGCUGGUGCCGGCGACGCUGGUCAUGGAGCCCAACGCGGUCGGCGCCGCCGUGGCGCUUGCCCAGGAGGACCCCAGCUUCCUCUGGAUGCUGCUCUUCAACUCAUCGCUGGCUUACUUGGUCAACCUCACCAACUUCUUGGUCACCAAGCACACCAGCCCACUUACUCUUCAGGUCCUUGGGAACGCUAAAGGUGCGGUUGCCGUGGUGGUCUCCAUCCUGAUAUUCAGAAACCCGGUGACCGUCGUCGGGAUGCUAGGUUACGGCGUGACCAUUGCGGGGGUUGUGCUGUAUGGCGAGGCCAAGAAGAGGAGCAAGUAAGCUUCAUCGGCCUGGCGAACAAACGUAUCCUCUUUUCGCCAUCCUCCUCCAGGAAAUGGUGACCGCAACAUUGCGCACGAGUACAGCGAAGUUCCUGAAGGCAGGAUGACGAAGACCACAAACUCUUGUAGAGUAUAUCUUUCCUCAUGCUCCAGAAGUGCAAUCUGGAUUCUGGGAUGUUGUUAUCACAAUCCAUUAGAUCAGGUGGAUUCAUGCUUGAGAAUAGUUGUGUGCAAUGUAUAUACCAAUUACCAAAUGACUGAUUAUUGCUAAUCAGGGAAAGAGAUAUAUAUACAGAUACCAUAACAGA